AUGAAAUCCAAAAACUGGCUUGGCCGCUAUCAUACGAAAUUGCAGAAACUCACUACUCAAAAGCCUCGGAAGCCCUGGCGCCACCGCAGCAAGGGUCACUACAAGCACACUGCCAGCGAAAAGGCUGCUUUGAAGGGAAAACGUCUAGCUCAUCGCAUUGCAUAUGCUGAAGCUCUCAAGAAUGCCCGUGAGGUUGUGCAGGAGCAGGCAAAGCUACUACAUGAAAAAUUCGGUAGUCAUAGUGUUCAGUAUUAUCAUGAAGAGCUCAUGCAGCGUACUCGCAUGGCCACAUCAUCGCGUAGUCCCUCGAGAUGGAAUGCAUUUGUUCGCCGUGAGGUGAAACGGAUGAAUGAAGAACGUCCUCCUGGUUCUGCUUGCCUCAAAGCUUCUCAGUGCGUGAAAGAACUUGCAGCGCGUUGGAACGACAUGUCAAAAGACGAACAAAAGAACGAGACUACGGAUGCUAUCAAAGAUCUUGAAGACCAUCGCGAAUCCAAGCAGCUUGCCCAACACAACGUGCCUUUGAAUGCUUUUCAAGACGUUCGGAAAAGUCUCGACUCACUUGACCGUGAAAUUCGUGCUUUGAAUGCACGUACGGGCCUUGAGGUUGUGCUGCUCACCUCACGUGCAAACAUUGACCACUUCAACCAGCCACAUGUCUUUGUCACCGAGCGUGCUGCUGACUUCUUUGAUGCAUGCUUGGGUUCCUCCAUUGCAGAUAUUGCAGUGCGCUUUGAGGCAUUCUGUAUAGCUGGGGUACAAGAGGCAGCAGCAGCCCCCACCAAAGUAUCACGCAUGUAUUACCAAAAUUUCGACACCUACAUUACUGCGAAGCUGGGGGUCAUCAUCGAGAACUGGCCACUCCAGAAGUUCUGCUGCCCAGGGGACAUCAGCUCACGCACCGAGCUCACUGUUUUGAGCCAUGCAUGGGAGUCGAAUGCCACUCGCUUCCGCAAGCUCACAGAUAGCGAGUUUAAUGAGUGGGAUAACCAGCGUUUCCAGGCUGUAAUGGAUCAGGCGAGAGCAGAGAGAGAUGCUGGGAUGGAAGUAGAUGGUGAAGGACAGGAGAACAGAAUAGAAGGAUGUGACAAUGCACCUCCGCUCGACUCUGUUGAUGGUGUACAAGUCUCUAACUCCCUUCCUUGCCAGCAACAGACAUCAACUCACGCUGUGAACGUCGUGACCAUGGUGAAUGGAACUGGUGUCAACAUACCAAAGAAGACUCGCAAGGAGCGCAGUGAUAAAGGUCAGAAGCGUGGUCCUCGAAAGAAAAAGAGCUCGGGCCAAGCUGCUACAUUGCAAGGGUCUCCUGAUGUAGGGUCUUAA